AUGGAGUGGAUUGAGCAGAGAAUUACUUCAACAUCAUUCACACUGAAAAAGGGUUUGAAAGUCAAGCUGGUGGCUCACUUUGCAGAUCUCGUCCUUGGAGGGAUUAAAUUCUGCAAAGAAGAUGAUGCAUUUAUUGUGGUAGAAGGAACCAAGAGCAACACGUUUUCCAUCAGCUUGAAUGUCGGCUCUGCCGCAAAAGAGGAACUGUGCCGACCAAUGUGGCUGACGGUGUUCUACAAUGACACUGUUAAAGUUUUGGACGAACCGUUGGACGAAAUCGACUUUCAGAAAUCUAAAUUCCCGCUUGGACAAACUCAGUCCUGGGAGUGCGGCUCCAAACUGGAAAAUAAGAGCAAGAAUCGUUUCGCGAAUUUUGCCGCUUACGACUCUUCCCGAGUGAAACUGGAGCUUCUUCCUGGAGAUGUUCACUCCGACUACAUCAACGCCAACUACGUGGACGGUUAUGAACGGCCAAAAGCUUAUAUUGCGGCCCAAGGACCAACGGCAGACACUCUCGAUGACUUUUGGCGAAUGGUUUGGCAGGAAAAAGUAUCGUUGAUUGUUAUGGUAACCAAUCUAGUUGAACGUGGAAAGGAAAAAUGUGAGAAAUACUGGCCCGAAGUAAACCAGGAAAAGAGACACGGCCGCGUGUCUGUUCGCACCAUUAAUGAGGAAAUCAACGCCGACUUUAUCACGAGAACUUUAUUGGUUUCACUCUAUGAUACUAACAGACUCGUUCAACAACUUCACUACACGAGUUGGCCUGACAACGGAGUGCCGCUUUAUCCACAGUCAAUGGCUAUGUUUGUCAAGAAAAUGUUUGAACACAAAGAUAAAAACCACCCGAUAUUGGUUCACUCAAGUGCUGGAGCGAAAAGAACAGGAACGGUUAUUUUGAUCGAUGCUUGCAUUCGAAUGGUUCGAUCGCACGGCCGUAUCGACAUCGUCAAUAUUUUUUCCCGAAUGCGGUCUCAGAGAGUUAAUUUAGUCGACAAUUUGACGCAAUACGAGUUUGCACAUCUGGUGCUCUUGGAGAUAAUUGCAAAUCCAACAUUUGUAAUCAGUUGCGAGCAUUUCAGUGAUGAAUACAAGAAGCUCAAGGCAAACAACAAGAAGAACCUGAAGGAGAGCUUUUCCAAACUGAAAGUGAUUUCCGAGAGAGAUUUUCAGAGGGUGGAAACGCCUGUCAAAAACGAAACAGACAAGUGCAGAAACCCAGACUUUAUUUCCUCAUCAAACGCCAUCGUUCGACUCUUUCCUUACGAAAACGUAGUGACCACGAGUUUUAUCAACGCCGUCACCGUUGACGGAUAUCAGAAAGCCAAACAAUUUAUCGCGACGCAAGUGCCGAUGAAAAACACAGUUGAAGAUUUUUGGAGGAUGAUCGACCAGAACAACGUCAAAGAAAUCGUCGUCCUCAACGAGCCGCAUAUUUCAGAAGGCGAAUAUCUUCCGUCGAAAGAACGCCGGUUUACCUUUGGAAAACUCAGAAUUAUUUUGAAUGAUUUUGAAGAUGGAAAGAAGUUCAAAACUCUGAAUGUGCAACUUAAUACGAGGGGAAUACGCAAAAAUGUGAGCGUGAAAAUGGCCUACGACUGGAAGCCCGGGAAGGUCACCCCGCCAAACACGGAAUUGCUCAUUGAGCUCUGGGAUAGUUUGAAAAUGACCAAUGAUAAAGACGUCAUCACCGUUGUUUGCCAUGACGGAGUGACGGCGUGCGGCCUUUUCCUCGGCAUUGGUUUCGUGAUCGAAAAAAUCAAGUUGGAGAACAAGGUCGACGUCGGACUGGCGGUUCGAACUCUGAGGAAAUCCAGACCAGCGUUUCUUUCCUCAGAAAUCCAGUUUGGAUUUCUGUAUGAAGCUGCCAAACACUACUUGUCCUCCUUCGCCACCUAUGGGAACUUCAAAUGAGUGAAUUAAUCUAUAAACACAACAUUUUAUUACCCUUCUUUACCUUAAUCACAUUUUUAACCCUAAACAUCAAGUAAAACUUUAGUUUUUAAGUUUAAUUAAAUAAUGAAAUGCGCAUUUAAAAAUUAAAAUUACAAAUGUAAAGCUGACUCCGAAUAUUUAGACAGUAAAAUUCAGCACUUUUAAAAAACAAGUUAAAGUCAAGGAUUCGUUAAGGAUAAAGAAAAUAAUUACGUAU